AUGGUUCUCUCUCAUCCAUCAUCAUCUCUCAUUCUCCCCAUCUCCCUAGCCGUCUUUCUUUCUCUAGCCUCCUCCUCGGACUACACGAACCUCGUCUUCAAAGGCUGCGCCGACCAGAGCUUCCCGGACUCCGACAAACUCCACAGCCACACCAUCAAGCACCUCCUCGACGGCUUAAUCUCCCAGUCCUCUGCCGCCAAGUUCCACAACGCCACCUCCGGGGCCGCCAGCAGCUCCGCCGUCGACGGCCGCUUCCAGUGCCGGGGCGACCUCUCCGGCGACUCCUGCUCGGCCUGCGUGAGGAAAGCCUCGUCCCUGGCCGGAAAGCUCUGCCGGCGAGCGGUGGCCGUCCGGAUCCAGCUCGCCGGUUGCUACCUCAGGUACGAGGCCUCCGGGUUCCAGGUGGCGGGAGCGUCCGAGCUUCUGUUCAAGAUCUGCGGGCCGGGUCGAGCCAGAGAGCCCGGUUUCGGGGCCCGAUUGGACGCGGCGUUGGGUGGGAUGGCGAAUGGUUUGGAGGACGGCGGAGGAUUCUACGCCGGCGGGUAUCGGUCGGUGUACGUGUUAGGUCAGUGUGAGGGUGAUCUGGGCGGCACCGAGUGUGUGGAGUGUGUGAAAAACGCGGACGAUAGGGCAAAGUCGGAAUGCGGAGGAUCGAUGUCGGCGCAGGUUUAUAUGCAGGCGUGUUUUAUAAGCUACACGUAUUAUCCCGAUGGGGUGCCGGCCGAUCGGAAAUCACUUUCAUCCUCGGGGGGAGGGAGAGGGACGAAUAGUGGGAAGACAGUAGCAAUAGUGAUGGGGGGAUUAGUGAGUGUGGGACUGCUUACGUCUUGUUUCUUGUUUACUAAAUCAGCUUUCAAGAAGAAGACUACUACUCAACAUCAUACUCACAACAACAACAACAACUAUGGUGGUGGAUAG